ACGUUCUAAACCAGUAGCAGCUUCAACAAUGAGCACCUCUAAGUCUAACCCCAACCCACUUGACGUUCUUGAUUCCAAGAUCAACCCGGACAACGUUAAAGACUACCAAACCCGUCUUGAAUCAUACCAUUCCUCUCUCGAUUCAUACUGGAAAUUUGAAAUUGUUCCUGGUAUUUUCAAACAAUCUGAUCCUAGCACUGAUGAAAGAAAAUUUGACUAUUUGAAAGAACAUUUCGGUAUCAUUGGCUCAUGGGAUGAUAUAAUUGAAAAUCUUAACCAUUUGAAUAAUUCUACUGGCCCUAAUGAACAAUACAAAAUCAUGUUUUUGGCAAGACACGGCCAAGGGUUCCACAAUUUAGCCCAUACUAAAUAUGGCGAUAAUGCCUGGAACGAAUAUUGGUCAAAAUUAAAUGGCGAUGGUGAAAUAAUUUGGGGUCCGGAUGCAAAUUUGACUGAAUUAGGUAUCCUGCAAGCCAAGGACAACAAUUAUAUUUGGAAACAAGAACAAAUCAAUAACAAAAAUAAUGACGCCAGCUUGAUUAUUCCUACUAAAUUCUUGGUUUCUCCCUUGAGUAGAUCUAUUGAUACCAUGUAUUAUACUUGGAAUGAUAUAGUCGACUUGAAAAAUGUGCAACCUUUAAUUCAAGAAAACUGGAGAGAAACCAUGGGAGUACAUACAUGUGAUAAACGUUCUUCUCGAACAAUCAUUGACUAUAAGUAUACUGGUAAGGGAUUUGUUAUAGAACCGGGAUUUGCUGAAGAAGAUAUCUACUAUCAAGAUGAUUAUCGUGAAACUGUGGGUGAGCAAGCUCUCAGAAUUAACAAAGGGUUACAACAAUUGUUUAAUGAAAGUCCAAAUGAUAAAAUUGUCGCUAUAACUAGUCAUAGUGGUAGUAUUAGAGCUCAAUUAUUAGCCGUUGGUCAUAGAUCAUUUGCUGUUGGAACUGGUGGUAUGAUUCCUGUAUUUGUAAAAGCAAUUAAAGUUACCAAAUAGAAUUUUAUAGAGUAGACGAAUCCAUCAGCUUGGUUAUGUAGCGCAAAAAAAAAUUACAUCAUUAAGAUAAAACGUGGAU